UCCCUCACAACCGUCAUUUCGACAGAAUCUUUGAGAGACGACGUUCUGCUUCCAAUUAUGGCAAAAAGAAAAGAAGGCCAUUUUUCAAUGCCAGCAUCCAACAAAAGAGCUAGGCAAGAAUUCAUAGAUAGCUCUGAUGAAGAACUUAGUGACGAAUUCUCACAGCUGCAGAGUGACUGUAGUUCUGACUUGCAAUUGGCUUCAGGGAACGUUGGAAUAAUUGAAAGUAUCCAACUGAAGAACUUUAUGUGCCAUUCUAUGUUGGGGCCAUUCAAGUUUGGAUCCAAUGUCAAUUUUAUAGUUAGAAACAAUGGAAGUGGGAAAAGUGCUGUGCUAACUGCCCUGAUUGUAGGCCUUGGAGGAAAAGCCACAGUGACAAAACGAGGAUCAUCUUUGAAAGUAUUUGUGAAAGAUGGACAGAGUUCUGCAGAUGUUUCAAUAACUCUACGAAAUCAAGGUGAAGAUGCAUUUAGACCAGAGCAAUAUGGUGACUCUAUCAUUAUAAAUCAGCACAUAACUUUGGAAGGACAUUGUAGUUACAAGCUGAAAAGCAGUACAGGGGCCCUAAUUUCUUCCAAGAAAGAAGAACUUACUGCAAUUCUGGAUCAUUUUAAUAUCCAGGUAGAUAAUCCUGUCUCUGUACUCACUCAGGAAAUGAGCAAACAGUUCUUACAUUCUAAAAAUGAAGGUGACAAAUACAAGUUCUUUAUGAAAGCAACACAACUGGAGCAGAUGAAGGAAGAUUAUUCAUACAUCAUGGAAACUAAGCAAAGAACGAAAGAUCAAGUUGAACAAGGAGAAGAGUUUCUUGAAGAACUUAGAAAGCAAUAUUUGAAAAAGGCAGAACGUUACAGAAGUAGUGCUGUUUUGAGUGAAAUGCAGAAUGAGCUAAAAGAAUUGCAGCAUCAAAUAGCUUGGAGAAUGGUACAAGAUACUGAAAAUAAAAUAAAAGAAAUCAGUGUUAAUGUUACUGCCCAAGAAACAAGUACUGAGAAAUUUGUUGAGCGAGUGAAAGAAUGGCAGACUAAAGUAGAUGCAGCAGAAGUUAAACAAUGAACUGUGCAAGACAAAUUAGAGAAGAUAACAGAAGAAGCUCAAACUCUGGGACCGUCAUGUAUUGCUUUGAAAACAGAAAUACAGGCAAAAAGAAAAUCAUACCAUGAUUCAGAAGCAGCACAUAAUAGUUUUCAAGCUGAACUGAAGCAUUUGCAAAAAGAACAUGAACAACUUUGCAAACACAAAAUUGAAGAACUGGAAAAUAGUGCUGAACAGAUUUCAGAGCCUGAAAAGGUUGAAAAACAGAGAAGAAUAGAUUAUUUGAAAGAAAAGCUGUAGACAUUACAUGAUCAAGAUGAAUCAGUUGAUCAGCAAUUAACACAGUUUCAACGGGCUCUACAUUCAUAUGAUGAAGAUUUUGCUAGACUUAAAGAGGAAGAUGAUGAAGUGAAAAAAAUACCGAAUUCUCAACAGCAACAGCUAAGACAAUUAAAGGAGAGUAAAACCAAUAGAAUGAAAAGAUUUGGACAAUAUAUGCCAGACCUUUGUGAAGCAAUUGAGAUGGCUGGCAUGGGGCAGUUUACAUAUAAACCAAUAGGACCACUAGGUGCUUUUAUUCAUCUGAAAGAUCCUGAACUUUCACUGGCUGUUGAGGCAUGUUUAAAAAACCUGGUUCUUGCAUUUUGCUGUGACAAUCAUAAAGAUGAAAGAGUAUUACAGGCCUUGAUGUCCAAAUACUGUCAAGCUGGUUUUCAACCUCCAAUUAUUAUUACUCGUUUUCAGGACAAUGUUUAUGAUGUAAAGUCAAGGGCUGUUUUUCAUCCUGACUUCCCAACAGUUUUGGCAGCAUUAGGCUUUGACAAUGCAGUAGUAGCCAAUUGUUUAAUUGACACGAGGAACACAGAAACCAUCCUGCUGAUUAAAAAUAAUUAUAAAGCUCGAAGUGUUAUGCAGCACAACAAGCCUCCCAAAAAUCGUAAGGAAGCUUUCACCGCUGAUGGUGAUCAGGUGUUUGAGGAAAGAUAUUACUCUUCUGAAAAUAAAAGGUCUAGAUUUCUCAGCAGAGAUGUAGAAGCAGACAUAAGUAAUUUGGAGAGAAAAGUUGAAAACAGAAAAGCUCAUCUCUUGGCAAUACAACAACUGAACCCCUGGUUGUUUAUGCUAGUUGCUGGAAUAUAA